AUGGAUCAAUCUUAUUCAAAAUCAUUAGAAAACAGUUCAAUAAUAUUAAAUGAUGUUAUAUUGAAAGAUACAGUCGAUUCGAUUCGUCUUACUAAACGUCCAUAUAGAAAUUCUGCACCAACAAUUGAUUGGAAUAGAGAUGAGACACUAGAUUCAUUUAUUGAUAUUGAUGCGUUGGAUGCUGAAUUUGAACGAUUAUCAACUCAUUUUAAAAGUCAAUUGGUUGAAUUACGUAAACAUCCAAAUAAUCAAAGUUUACAUCAUACACUUACAACAACAAAAGAUGCUUUAAUGCGUAUUAGAACUUGGUCAUCAUUAUUAAAUACAGCUGAUGGCUUAAAUAUAGUUAAGAAAAAUAUGGUUAAACAACGUGAACAAGAACUUAUUCAACGAAAAUAUGAAAUUGAUGAAAUAUUAAAAAUAACUAAAGCUCAAUCCACUAUUGAUCUAUGUUUUCUUAUGGAUUGUACAGGUAGUAUGAGAAAAUAUCUUGAUGCAACUAAAAAUCAAAUUCGUCAACUCACAGAAGCAAUUGUACAUUUAUUUUCUACAAAACCUUAUCUUGCUUUUGUUGGUUAUCGAGAUAUUAAUGAAAAUAUGGAAAAACUCGAUUUUACUAAUGAUGAAAAUAUAUUUCAAGAAUAUUUAAAUAAUAUUCAAGCAAUGGGUGGGAAUGACACAUGUGAAGAUGUAUUUAGUGGAUUAGAAGCUAUUAGUCAAUUAUCAUGGUCAAAUCCAAAUCGUAUAUUAAUUCAUAUUUGUGAUGCACCAUGUCAUGGACAAGAAUAUCAUGAAUUUCAAGGAACAGAUAAUGAUAAUUAUUUGAAAGGUGAUCCAAAAAAUCGAGAUUUAUUAAAAUUAAUGUUUAAUAUAAAAGAAUUAGGUAUUACAUAUUGUAAAAUUCAAUUGAAUGAAACAACAAAGAAAAUGUUUGAAAAAUUUGCUUUUAUAUUUGGAUCAAUAUCAGAAAUUCAUGUUGAUGAUCCUGAAUGUUUAAUUAAACGUAUUAUUGAACGAACAAGUGCUAUUAUACAAAGUAAUAUUAAAUCAACACUAUCUUCUUAUCAUAAUACAAAUAAACGAAUUAAAUCUUAUACAAUAUUUAACAAAGAACCUGAUUGGAAUCUUCUAGAAACUUAUAGUGUUAAUAUAACAGAAAUAAUUCCACCAAAUGAUAUUGAAGAUCUUUUUCGUCCUUUAUGUGUUAAUAAAACGGAUGGAGAAAUAAAAAUUGCAUUAAAUCCAUUUGCGAAAGGUUCAUUACGUUUUGCUUUUUAUGGUCAAUUUUUAAAUGAUGAUUCAUAUUUUAUUGAUGUUGUUUUUAAAGAACUUGCUAAUGCUGAUUCAAAAGCAAAUACAUUUAUUGUUUAUCAAGAACAUCUUGAAAUACAAGCUAUUGCACAGUUUUUAGCAGAACAAUUUAAUAUUGAACAACAACGUAUUUUUCGAAAUUUUCUUCCAAUUAUUUAUGCUGAUGCACAUUUAGUUCAACAAAAAUUAAAUCCAACGAAAAUUUAUCAAGUCGAACGGCGUAUGCAUCAGGAAUGGCAUAAAUGGAAUAAUAAUAGUGGUGGUGUAUCUUUAAAUGAAUAUUCAACCAUUUUACAAGCAUUUUCUCAUUGGACAUAUCAUAUUACAUCUGGUCGCCUUAUGGUUGUUGAUUUACAAGGUGUUAAAGUUGAUUGUGCUUAUUUAUUAACAGAUCCAGCAUUACAUUGUGAAGAUUUAUUACGUUUUCAAAAAACACGAACUAAUCUUGGUAUUAAGGGUAUGCAUCAAUUUUUCCGUACUCAUAUUUGUAGUGAUGUUUGUUCAAAAUUAAAUUUACCUGCAUCCUUGAUUGCAUCAAAUGAUAAUUUAGUAAAUCGUUUUGAUGAAUCACUUGUAUGUAAUGCAACUUCAGAAAUAAAUGAAAAUUUAGAUAUAAAAACAACAGAAGAAAAAGACUUUGAAACAAUUGAUAAAGAUCAAUUGGAUACAAUAGAAAAUUUUGAAUUAUGUUAA